UCUAAGUAAUUUCUCUAAAAAAAAUAAUGAAGACUUUGUAAAGAAAAAUCAUCUGAGUCUCGCUUAAAGCCUACUGUUUGAGUGUGGGAGAGACAAAAACAAAACAUAAAGAAUUUUCUAUAUGAUGGCUGCUUCAUUGGCUUGUGUUGAGGACAAGAUGAAAACAAAUGGUUUGAUUAUUGGAGGAACAACACAAACUUCUCAAUCUACUCUGCUUGAAGAGAUGAAGCUGUUGAAGGAUCAGUCAGGAACGAGAAAGCCGGUAAUAAACUCGGAGCUAUGGCACGCUUGUGCAGGCCCUUUGGUUAGUCUCCCUCAAGUGGGGAGCUUAGUGUAUUACUUCCCACAAGGUCACAGCGAGCAGGUUGCUGUUUCAACCAGAAGAUCAGCAACAACCCAAGUUCCUAAUUACCCAAAUCUUCCAUCUCAGUUGAUGUGCCAAGUCCAUAAUGUUACCCUUCAUGCAGACAAAGACAGUGAUGAAAUCUAUGCUCAGAUGAGUCUACAACCUGUUCACUCUGAGAGAGAUGUGUUCCCUGUACCAGACUUUGGACUAUUAAGAGGAAGCAAGCACCCUUCUGAGUUUUUCUGCAAAACGCUUACUGCUAGUGAUACAAGUACACAUGGAGGUUUCUCCGUCCCACGUAGGGCUGCAGAGAAGCUAUUUCCACCGUUGGACUACACAGCACAGCCGCCUACUCAGGAGCUUGUAGUUCGAGAUCUGCACGAGAAUACUUGGACAUUUCGCCAUAUAUACCGCGGACAACCAAAGAGACAUCUCCUUACAACAGGAUGGAGUUUGUUUGUUGGGUCAAAGAGAUUGAGAGCUGGAGAUUCCGUUUUGUUCAUAAGAGAUGAGAAGUCACAACUGAUGGUUGGUGUGAGGCGAGCUAACCGCCAACAAACAGCUCUUCCAUCAUCAGUUCUCUCAGCAGACAGUAUGCACAUCGGUGUUCUUGCUGCUGCCGCUCAUGCAACUGCAAACCGCACUCCUUUCUUGAUAUUCUAUAAUCCAAGAGCAUGUCCAGCAGAGUUUGUGAUCCCUAUAGCUAAGUACCGCAAGGCUAUAUGUGGGUCUCAGCUCUCAGUUAGUAUGAGGUUUGGAAUGAUGUUUGAAACUGAGGAUUCCGGGAAACGUAGAUACAUGGGAACCAUUGUUGGGAUCAGUGAUUUGGAUCCAUUAAGAUGGCCUGGUUCUAAGUGGCGUAACCUUCAAGUUGAAUGGGAUGAGCCUGGAUGUAACGAUAAGCCUACUAGGGUCAGUCCAUGGGAUACUGAAACACCUGAGAGUCUCUUCAUUUUUCCUUCUCUGACCUCAGGACUUAAACGCCAGCUCCAUCCAUCUUACUUUGCUGGUGAAACCGAAUGGGGCAGCUUGAUCAAACGGCCUCUUAUCCGUGUUUCUGAUCCCACAAACGGGAUCCUGCCUUACGCAUCAUUCCCAAACAUGGCUUCAGAGCAGCUUAUGAGAAUGAUGAUGAGACCUCACAACAACCAAAACGCAACUACGUCUUUCAUGUCUGAGAUGCAACAGAAUGUUUUAAUGGGGCAUCCAGGUUUACUAGGAGAUAUGAAGCUGCAACAACCAAUGGUGCAGACGCAGCAAGAGAGCAAGCUAACAGUGAACCCAUCUGCUUCCAAUAUGAGUGGCCAAGAACAGAAUGCUCCUGCAAAAUCUGAAAACCCGACACUUUCUGGUUGCAGCUCUGGGAGACUCAGUCAUGGUAAUGAGCAGCAGACAAUGGAACAAGCUAGCCAGGUGCGAAUGGUCUCAGUGUGUAAUGAGGAGAAGGUUAACGAGCUGAUCCAGAGACCAGUGGCCUUGUCUCCUGUGCAAGCUGAUCCAUGUCCUGACAUACGUCAACAGAUAUACCCACCAACAAAUGGUUUCUCUUUCCUGGAAACUGAAGAGCUCACAUCACAAGUCUCUUCCUUCCAGUCUCUUGCCGGAUCAUACAAGCAACCAUUAAUGCUAUCUCCCCAGGAUUCCUCAGCUGUUGUGUUACCGGAUUCAACAAACUCAACGCUGUUUCAUGAUGUGUGGGACAAUCAGCUUAACGGUUUGAAGUUUGACCAGUUUAGUCCCUUGAUGCAGCAGGACCUUUAUGGUAAUAGCACAAACAGCAGCAACAUUCUAGAUCCUCCACUCUCAAACACAGUUCUUGAUGACUUCUGUGCCAUCAAAGAAACUGACUUCCAGACCCACCCUUCCGAUUGUUUGGUUGGAACCAACAACAAUAGCUUCACCCAAGAUGUCCAGUCACAGAUCACAUCUGCUAGCUUUGCAGAUAACUCUGGAGGAACUGGUACUUCUUCAAGCAACGUUGACUUUGAUGAUAGCAGUCUGCUGCAAAACAGCAAAGGCUCACGGCAGAAACUUGCAGCACCUCGUGUCAGAACCUACACUAAGGUUCAAAAGACCGGGUCAGUUGGGAGGUCAAUUGAUGUCACAAGCUUUAGAGACUACAAAGAGCUGAAAUCUGCAAUUGAGUGCAUGUUUGGACUUGAAGGAUUGCUCACACGUCCACAAAGCUCAGGAUGGAAGCUUGUAUAUGUUGACUAUGAGAGUGAUGUCCUGCUUGUAGGAGAUGAUCCAUGGGAAGAGUUUGUGGGAUGUGUGAAGUGCAUAAGGAUACUGUCGCCAACAGAGGUUCAGCAGAUGAGUGAAGAAGGAAUGAAGCUUUUGAACAGCGCAUGCAUAAACGAUCUCAAGACUUCUGUUUCAUAAAUGUUAGCAAUAUAAAUAAUUAUCUUGAACCGGUAGAGGAGAAUCCAUCUUGUUGUAAGCACUUGAGACCUGCAACUAUCUUAAUAUUAUGUAGUAGUAGAGUGAUGACUGAUGAAUCAGUAGUUAAGACAGUCUGAAACUAGAAUAUUUGUUGUCUUUAAGAUCAAAACUAGACAAGAAAUCAUGUACGGAUGCGUCUGUUAUCUGCACAA